AUGGUUGAUUUCACUGCCCUAGACAUUACUCACUUUAUUGAUUUUGGGUCUAUUGUCCAAUAUUGUGCUACCAUUGAUUGGUUCUCGAGCGGAGGUCGGUCAGGCCACCUCGAGGACGUGGUUCCUAUUUCCCGGGCUCAUCAGUCUAGUGCCGUUGAUACCCUUGAUUCUAAUUCUACUUCUGUUACCCAAGCUUCUGAUACUGAGCUGGAGGAUGCUUUGCGCCAAUUGUUGGACCGCCGAUCUUCUACUGCUCUCAGUACCGCUUCCUCGUCCUUUGCCCGCUCAGGUCAGGACAAAGUUAGGAUUGCCGAUGGAACUGUUUCUUCCAUUUCUGGAAAAGGUUUAGUCCAAGUCACUCCUACCAUGCAUCUAUCUUCUGUUCUCCAUGUUCCCAAGUUUUCUGUUAAUCUGUUAUCCUUAAGUCGUCUUACCCAGGAUUUGAAUUGUUGUGUGACGUUUUUUCCUGAUCAUUGUCUUUUUCAGGACCUUGUCACGGGGAGGACGAUUGGCAGUGGUAGUGCAGAAAAUGGUCUCUACUUCUUAGAUCUAACCGGACAAACUUGCUUAUUCUUCCACCACGUCUUCUACUACCCCCGCUGAUGUAUGGUUGUGGCA